UGAUAGUUGAUCGGUUGUCGGGUGCGGCAUGCGCUGCUACAAGUAAUAACGCAAGUGAGCAUAGUUGAUGAAUAGUGACAAAUUUAACUAUGAAAUGUACGUCUUAGACCAUCAGCAUUAAUUUAAUUUCAUAUUUCUUUUUGUAUAUUAGUAGAGCGAAGUGCAAGAAACACGGUUUUUAAAAAAAUGCGUGAGUACAAGAUUGUUGUACUAGGUUCAGGUGGUGUAGGCAAGUCUGCUUUAACUGUACAAUUUGUACAAGGUAUAUUUGUAGAAAAAUAUGAUCCAACAAUAGAAGAUAGUUAUAGGAAACAAGUUGAAGUUGAUGGUCAACAAUGUAUGCUCGAAAUUUUGGAUACAGCUGGAACAGAACAAUUUACAGCAAUGAGGGAUUUGUAUAUGAAAAAUGGUCAAGGAUUUGUUUUGGUUUAUUCAAUAACAGCACAGUCUACUUUUAAUGAUCUUCAAGAUUUAAGAGAGCAAAUACUUAGAGUAAAGGAUACUGAUGAUGUUCCAAUGGUCUUAGUGGGUAACAAGUGUGAUUUGGAGGAUGAAAGAGUAGUUGGUAAAGAACAGGGAAUCAGUCUCUCACGCCAGUUCAGCUGUGCCUUUAUGGAAACCUCUGCCAAAGCAAAAAUAAAUGUUUAUGAUAUAUUUUAUGACUUAGUUCGACAAAUCAAUAAGAAAUCCCCAGAGAAGAAACAGAAGCAGAAAAAGAAAUCUCUCUGUGUGCUACUAUAGAUUUAGAAAAUCUCUUGGAACCAAAAAGUACAUUAAAAAAAUACAAAGACUAUAUAUAUGUAGAGUGUAAAGGAGGCAAGUGCGGACUAAAAGUCUCUUGCAGUGAAGUUUUUUAAAGUUCUGUAUAUCAUUCUUUUAACACUAAUUUAAAUAUUUGUAAUAAAUAAAGUUGUCAGUUAAUUUUUCCACAAUCAAGGUUGUUAUUAUAUGAUAUAGAUGCUGCAAUCUUAGUGAUAGAGUAUUUUGAAAUACUGCCAAUUAUGUGGUGUCAAAUAGAGAUAGAGAUUUUGUGAAUUAGUGGUAUUUGCUACUUCUGAUUCAAGACUAUCUACAGGACAAUACUUGAUCAAACAGAAAUUUGAAUAUUAAUUCGUAUAUUCGUAUAAUAAUAUAUAAAAAUCGUGGCUUAUGAUCCAUGCCAUUUGACUGGUCGUUCAAAUCUCUUAUUACCUUCCCAAAUCCCCAGUGGUCAAUGCCAAAUAACAUUACAACAACACCACCGCCACCACAAUAACCACCACCACUAUCAUCAUAACCAACCUACCAUCACCCCAAUACUUAAUGCUCGUUGCCCAUUUACCUGCAUACACUAUUCUUUAAUCAUGUUUGAAUGUAGUAAUUUGUGGUGAGAUGUGAUAAUAAUCCUAUGGUGCUUUUCUAGUAGGUAGAGAUGUCCUUGGCGAGAUCAAAUAUUCUAUUCUCAAAAGGGUGCACCUUUUCGAAUCAUAAAACAAACAAUUCAAUAUUGUUUCGUUUUAAAAUUUUUGACUACUUAACAGUCACAAACCAUCUACAACUAAAAAAGAAAUGUCUUCUUAUGACCAACCGUUUUCCCAAUCUAUUGUAAUGUCAGGUUAGCAUUAAGAAUAUUAAACGUCUUAUAUAUAAAUUAAUAAAUGUGCGAUAUGUAUCUUUAAAUUUUAAAUAUAAUUG